AUGGGAACACGAUCUCCAAUAGAGUUGGGGCUCCGAGUAGGAUUAGGAAAAGAAGAUUCCCCAUGGGAGGAGAGGCCUGUGGUUAGUAAUAAAUAUGAGAAAACGAGGGCAUCACCAGAAACAAAAUCUCCAUUGAGAAAGGAACUUGAAAUGCGAUUAGAAAGGCAGAACAUUUCUAGGACCCGCACAGAGAGGGGUAAUUUCGGAGUCAACACGGUCUCAGCCUUACAAGGAACAAAACCUUCUCUGGAUAUAUUGCCGGGAAGAAUGGGGUUAGGAAAUGAGUGUCUUCUGGCAGGGUGUAACCAUGGCAGGAUAAUACAGCCUCCCUUGGGUAUGGUGUGUGGAAGUCCACAGGAUGUAGGGAGCCAGAGAGGUCCUGUGGCUAGUGGCCCUGAAGGGAUAGAGGCAUUAGUGGAAAGGCAGCAUGCUUUGGAUAUGGAACCAAGACAAGAACUAGAAAAAAAGUCUACCUAUGUUGUGAUGAAACCAAGCACAGAGAUUAAGCCUCCUGGGGAGGUGGACACUGGGCUACCCCAAACAGAGGAGCCAGAUGAAGCUAAGAAUAGAGAGCCCCAGAUGGGCUUGGUAAUAGAACCUCUCCAGUGCCAGUUUGGCGAACAUCCUGAAGAGAAAAAGGAAGGUGGAAACAUUGAACCAGGAGUGGAACCUCCAGAUCGCGUCAGACCCAUAUACUCUGGGAAAUUUUUUGAUCGGACACCCUUCUGGCCAAGUGCAGGGAAAGUUAUUCCAGUUGGUUACAGAGUUGCAACCUGCUUGACUGAAAAACUUCCCAGGCUAAUUACUCCACCUGCAGCAAAAAAGUAUUUCGACUUCAGAUAUCCACCUGCUGGAGCAGAAAGAGUAUUUUAUGGCAGAGCAAAUGAUCCCCAAAUCGCCCGUUAUUUGACACACGGAAUAAGAUCUAACAUUUCAUUAUCGGCAAAUACAUUGAUAAACCCACAGCCAAUUACCACAUUUCAUCAGAAAAUCAAAGAUAAAAAAGAAUCUAUAUAUUUUAGCAAUCAACGAGCACCAUUAGGAAAAUCUCAUGAUCAAGCACCAGGAUUACCUAAAGGAAUGGAUAUAAUCAAUACGACAUUUGGGACAGCAGUCAUCAGAGAAUUCUCUGCCAAAGAUGUGGUGAAUCCACCAAAACCCUAUGAAGAAGUAUUUAAAGAAGGAAGGGAAGGACAUGAUUUGUAUGUUGUUUCUCACAAUGAUUAUUAUGUGGGAGAAGCAAAGAAUCGAAACUAUAACCCAUCAAGUUUCCACAGGUUUAACUUAUACGGAGUCCCAACACCACAUUUUAAUGAUGGACGAACCAUGGCAAAAACUUUAUAUUGGCUUCAUGAACUACAAAUGAAAAGAGGAGCUAAGAUUGUAUCUAAGAGAGCUGAUGAUUUCAAAGAAAAGUUUCAACAUAAACUUGGAAGAGUUUUGGAUCCCAUUGCAGAAACAAGGAAUGUUCCCCCAGAUCACACAUUUGGAGCUUAUCUCCGUCCUGAGGAAUAUGGAGUCAGUGAUCUCAUCCAUAAUAGACUUCCAGGUGAAUAUCUUCGAGGCAAGGAUAGACAGCGAGGCCUGAUUGCAGCAGUUCGACAUCACUUGAAGAAAGUUAAUUACCAAAACUUUGACACUUUGUUGGCAGCCUUCAGGCACUAUGACAAGGUCAGUAGUAGAACAGAGCUUUUUGCUGCUAAUGCAUGCUACAUAUCCCAGCAGGUUGGUGUAGAUCAGGGGUCAGCAAACUAUGGCCAGUGGGCCAAAUCUGGCCCAUCACUUGUUUUUGUAAGUAAAAUUUUACUGGAACACAAAAAAAAAAAACAAAAAACCAAACAAACAAAAAAAAUGUGUUCUUCUACAACCAUCAACAUCACUUGGGAACUUAGCAGCAAGCACCAAGUAAUAAUGUCUUCCUGUACUUUUUUCUUUCCCUUCUUUCUUAAAGGUGGAAAACCUGAUUGUGCAAACCCUGCUGAGACUAAUGUUGAAGAAUCUGAACCAACUCUCCUGAUAAAACCUGAAGAUAUUGUCUUAAAAGAACCAGGGAGCUCAGAAAACACUGUCCGGACACUUCUGAGACCAAGUGAUAAAGUUUCUGAUGAUUAUAAGACAACUUCUUCUGAGAUCAAUGCAGUCGUGGGAGCCAUUCCCUCUACUUGUUACCCCAUCUAUGGUGUUCCAACCAUUCGAUCUGAUAUUCCUGCUCCCCGAAUUUGUCGCAUCAGUGAUAGAACUAACUAUGGUGAAGAGGGCAAUGCUUAUUCAUUACUACAUCCCACCAUCUUUGCCCAGAAAGGAGUGUUUGAAAGAGACUUCUUCAAGACCAGAUCAAAAGAAGAGUUCAGGUUGCAGGGAGCUGUGUCUACUUCAGGGAGACAUAGACGGGUGUUCCCCGGAGCUAAAACAGGCUCCAGAAGGUGCUGGGGUCGUCCUUUGCUCUCUCAUCUUGAAAAUAAGUUGCUCCUACCCAUGAGGACCCACAGGUUUGACCUGGGGCUGCUCCCUGCAUCUUCCAGCAGUCGUGGGGUACCAUUCCAUCAGGGCACCAAUGGGGCCCACCCAAGGAUGCCAAAUUCUGUUACCAAAAGUUCAGCAUUUAUUCUCAAGGCCACAUCAGAAGAACAAGGACAAGUGGUUUGA